UACGACGACCUUGCAAAUAUUUCAUAUAUAUAUAUAACGAAUUUUCGCAAAGUUUUGUCAGUCUACCUUAUAGGAAGGAAUUCAAAGCAUGUCUCCUGUAUUACUGUUAUACGCUAUACUCACAAUCACAACAAGCAUUAAUGCUAUCAGUGAGAAUUCUUUAAACAAUCUCCAAGACCACGAGAAAGGAUCACCUGAAGAUUUGAAUGAAAUGCUGCCAAGUCAGUAUUCGAUUCCGACUGAAAAUGAACCAAACAGACUAGAAACUGUUGAUGACAACGCAAUGAACAAUGCGCCUUACGCAUCUGAGACACCAGAAAGUGAUGAGUUGACAGAAAAUUUCAACAAACCAAUGAAUCAGAAGACAAAACAACAGAAUUUACAGGAAGCACCGAAUAGUAUGGCUGAAGUGGAUAGAGGAGAUAAAUUGAAAGAGCCUUGGGAAGAUGAUGACAGUAUUAACGAAGAUAUAUCUCGUCAGUUGGACAGGGUUGAAAAAAUCUUAGCGAACUACUAAAUUCCAUUUGCGUGAAGAUAAUAAGUAAAUAGUCUUUUAUUACUGGAAUGUUGUUAUUUUAUUGAAACUGUGUAAUAAAAAUUGUUCGUGGAAAUGACUUUGAC